AUGGCUACAAGUUUAUGCCAACCGAUUAUGACAAAAGUGAAUGGAACAAGCAGCAAUUCAGCAGGUCGUCCUCGUAAAAGAGAACGCCCUCCAAAUAAAGGUGCUCAUCUUUUGAGUUCAACUGAAAAUGCAGUUUUGUUUUCGCUGCUUGGACGCGACUCGGUUUCUUUAGCUGCUGGUGUUGUGCAACUUCUUAGAACCGAUUCUAGGAAUCCGCGAGCAUGGAUGAAAGCACAUAUUGGUGUUAUAUCAUUGGUCAAAGAUUUUGAAAAACGAGCUUAUUUUUUGCGCCUUUAUGAUAUCUCAAAGAAGCAGUUUCUUUGGCAACAGAUGUUGUACAAAAAUUUUCGUGCAACAGCUACUAAUUGUCCUAAUUUGCUAACAUUCGAAGGAGAUGACUGUGUUUUUGGGCUAAAUUUCUCAAAUCUUGAUGAAGCUGAUAAUUUUAAAUAUCACCUCAAUAAACGAUAUGAGCAAGAGCAAAAAUCGCGUAAGAACACUAAUGAUAUUUUUUUGCAUCUUAUCGCUUUCCUUUUUUUUUCCUUUGAAUAUAUUCUUAUAAUCUGGAGCUCUUCAGGUGUUACUGCUGAACGAGCAGCGAAUAGUGGUGCUUCUCAUGGAACUUCUAUGAAAACUGGUGUAAUGUCGAGUAUAACUUCACCAACUUUGUCAACGACCAAUAAAGUCGGUAUCACGAGCAUUGGUGCUGUACCAAGUGUGGGUGGUCAGCUAGCGAACUUAGUUUCUAGCAGUAAAAAAAAGAAAAAAAAUAAUAAAGAAAGAAAAAUUCGAAAAGAAGACAUUAGUAAUCCAACUAAUUUCCAGCACAAAGCACAUGUCGGAUGGGAUCAGGAUGGUGGAUUCUCGCAGAAAACUUAUGACGGUGAUCCUAUGGAUGAUAGUGUUAGAGAUUUGCUUAGAGCGGCUGGGGAAAAUCCAGAUAUGAUGACUAAGGAAGAUAUAGAUUUUUCUCGAAAAUUUAUUACUGGAUAUCAAAAGUUGCCUCAACCAUUUAUUCCACAGGCGACACCUAUUUCCCAGAGAUAUCCGCUUGCAUCGAGUCCUUCAGUUUCUGCCACGAAUACUGCACCACCACCACCACCUCCUCCACCUCCACCAAUACGACGGGACACUACUACUACGUCAUCUCGUCCGUUUCAGCGGCCUCCUCAGUCAGUAACCCGUGCGCCUGUCCGUCCACUUCCGCAGUUACCAUCGUUAUCAUCUGUUGCCAAUAAUCAGAUUUAUAGACCUAACGAUAUACCACCACCACCUCCACCGCCACCACCCGUAACUUCGCAAAUAGAAGUAACUUCAUAUAUUCCUCCAGCGACACCAUCAGGUCCACCACCUCCCCCUCCCCCUCCCCCUCCUCCUUCAUGUAUUACGCAACAAAGUUAUAUUCCUCCACCACCACCUCCACCACCUCCAGCAAUAAAUGAACAGCCAAGUCUAGCUGUAACGAGCGACAGAGCAAAUUUAUUGAAUGAGAUCCAAGCUGGUAUUACUUUGAAACAUGUGGACAAAAAUUUGCGACAUCGUGAUGAUUCUGCCAAUCCACAUGAAAAUGUAAUGGCUGAGAUCAAACAGGGCGCGAAUUUAAGACAUGUUGAUCAAACUGUGCAAGAUCAACGAAAAUUAAUUACAAGUGCUCCUGAUGGAAUUGCUGGAGCUUUAGCACGUGCGCUUGAAGAAAGGCGAAAAAAUAUUCAGCAAUCAGAUGAGUCAGACGAAGAUGAACCCAACUCUGGUAGCGAAUGGGAAACCGAGUGA